CUGCCCGGCAAAAGGUGUGAAUUAUUUGCCCUAUAAACAUGCAAGCUCCGUUCACAAACCAUCAUUCAACAGUUUUCUUCUCUACAAGCUUCAAGCAGCAAAGAGAGAAAACUUUCACCGAUCAAAUUUGCAAAUCCACAACAUGGAACACGCAUUUGCGAAAGAGAACGAGGAGGUUCUCGAAUUCUUCAACGUUUCCGAAACAACUGGUUUGAAACCAGAACAAGUAAAAGAAAAUCGAAGGAAAUAUGGGCCUAACGAACUUCCAGUUGAAGAAGGAAAAAGCUUGUGGGAACUUCUUGUAGAACAAUUUGAAGAUCUUCUCGUCCGAAUUCUGCUGUUAGCUGCCAUUAUUUCCUUUGUUCUUGCACUUUUCGAAGAUGGAGAGGAAACCAUCACUGCAUUUGUUGAACCUUUCGUCAUCUUGUUGAUUCUCAUCGCUAACGCCGUCGUUGGAAUCUGGCAAGAGCGAAAUGCAGAAAGUGCCAUCGAAGCAUUAAAAGAAUAUGAACCAGAGAUGGGCAAAGUUUUGCGUCAAGAUCGUGCAUCAGUGCAAAGAAUUCGAGCAAGUGAGAUUGUUCCUGGCGAUAUCGUCGAAGUUGCAGUUGGAGACAAAGUUCCAGCAGAUAUCCGAAUUAUUGCAAUUAAGUCCACAACUCUUCGGGUCGAUCAAGCAAUCCUUACUGGUGAAAGCGUCAGCAUUAUCAAACAUACUGAUGCCGUUCCUGAUCUCCGAGCGGUCAAUCAAGAUAAGAAGAAUAUGCUUUUCUCCGGAACUAACAUCGCUGCUGGAAAGGCUGUAGGAAUUGUUGUCGGCACUGGAAGUAACACCGAAAUUGGAAAAAUUAGAAACGAGAUGGCCGAAACUGAAAACGAAAAGACUCCACUCCAGCAAAAACUUGAUGAAUUCGGGAACCAGCUAUCAAAGAUUAUCACGAUUAUCUGCAUUGCUGUCUGGGCAAUCAACAUUGGUCAUUUCAACGACCCAAUUCACGGUGGAUCCGUCAUAAAGGGAGCAGUCUACUAUUUUAAAAUUGCCGUCGCCUUAGCUGUUGCAGCAAUCCCAGAAGGACUUCCAGCAGUCAUCACAACUUGUUUAGCUCUCGGAACGCGACGAAUGGCAACCAAGAACGCAAUCGUCCGUAGCCUUCCAUCAGUAGAAACUUUGGGCUGUACGUCAGUCAUCUGCUCCGAUAAGACCGGUACCUUGACUACAAACCAAAUGUCCGUCUGUCGCAUGUUUGUCUUCAAAGCCCUUCAAGCGCAGCAAGCAACCUUCAACCAAUUCACAAUCUCUGGAUCAACCUACGAACCUGUUGGCGAUGUUAUGCUUGAUGGAAAGAAAAUCAAUCCUGGCAGCUACGACUCACUCGUCGAACUCUCUACCAUAUGUGCACUGUGUAACGACUCAUCUUUGGAUUAUAAUGAAGGCAAAGGUAUCUACGAAAAAGUCGGAGAAGCCACUGAAACUGCUCUCACCGUUCUUUGUGAAAAAAUGAACGUAUUCAACACCGACGUAACUAGUCUAAGCAAAGCUCAACGAGCCAACGCUUGUUGUCAAACCAUCAAAAACAUGAUGAAGAAAGUGUUCACUCUUGAAUUCUCUAGGGAUCGUAAAUCUAUGAGUGCUUAUUGCACACCUGCCAACUCAGAUUCUCCAAUUGGACCAAAGAUGUUUGUCAAGGGAGCACCAGAAGGUAUUUUAGAUAGAUGCACUUACGUUCGAGUAGGAAACCAAAAGAUGAUGAUGACACCCGCCAUUCGUGAACAAAUUAUGUCCGUUGUGAAAGAAUACGGAACUGGAAAAGAUACUCUUCGAUGCAUUGCUCUCGGAACCAUUGAUAAUCCAGCAUGUCCUUCAAGCAUGGAUUUGACAGAAUCAACUAAAUUUGCCAACUACGAAACAGAAAUCACAUUUGUCGGAGUUGUAGGCAUGCUUGACCCACCUCGUACCGAAGUCUAUCAAGCGAUCCAAGAAUGCAAAGCUGCAGGAAUUCGAGUUAUCGUCAUCACUGGAGAUAACAAAGCAACCGCUGAAGCCAUUUGCCGCCGCAUUGGAGUUUUUGGUGAAGACGAAUGUACUGAUGGAUUGGCUUACACAGGUCGCGAGUUUGAUGAUUUGUCUAAAGACGAACAAUUUAAAGCUUGCCUCCGCGCACGACUUUUUGCUCGCGUUGAACCAUCACAUAAAAGCAAAAUCGUCGAAUACCUUCAAGCUAAUGGAGACGUUACUGCUAUGACUGGUGACGGUGUCAACGACGCCCCAGCUCUUAAAAAAGCUGAAAUCGGAAUUGCUAUGGGAAGCGGAACUGCAGUCGCCAAAACCGCCGCAGAAAUGGUUCUUGCUGACGACAACUUUACUUCAAUCGUAGCAGCUGUUGAAGAAGGACGGGCAAUUUACAACAAUAUGAAACAAUUCAUCCGUUACCUAAUUUCAUCUAACAUUGGCGAAGUUGUCUGCAUUUUCCUAGCAGCCGCUCUCGGCGUUCCCGAAGCUCUUAUUCCAGUUCAACUUCUCUGGGUCAACUUGGUUACCGAUGGCCUUCCAGCCACUGCUCUCAGCUUCAACCCAAAUUUGGGUUCAAAAACUGAUAACCUUGAAACCAUUGAGCCCUGGGCGACACCAAUGCGGCUAAUUGAUUGA